UAGAGCGUGACUUGAUACAAUAACAUCAUGCCAAGGCAACAGAGAAACUGACAAAAGAUAAUGACAGAGAGAAAAUACUCGAUUCCAGUUCUCUGUCGAUGAAACGGCACAAUUAAUGUUUUAAUGCAGUCAAUGUUCACGCGCGGAUAUUUAUUAUAGUUUAUUUUGUUAAAUACAAGCGUUUGCUGAACGGAGCGAGUGAGAAGAGCUGAAUGCUGAACGGAGCGAGUGAGAAGAGUUGAAUGCUGAACGGAGCGAGUGAGAAGAGUUGAAUGCAGCCGCGUGAAGCGAACUGUCUACAGCUACAGUUGGUGCUGGAAGUGGUCCAAAGGGGAAGAAGACAGGCGUGAUGAUUGUAACAAAGUUCACUGAUGCGGGAAGGAGCGUACAUGAAAAUAAUUUAAUAACAAAAUAAAUACAAAACCCAAAACAGCGCAACAGCCCCUCACAGACUACUGCCACGGAUAAAACCAUUACAACAUAAAAUCCAGGCCUGGUCCUCUCUCGUCCUUUACCAUCAUUACUCCUCCUUUUAUCUUUCCGGAGCUCCUCCAUGGGACUCAAGACUGGGUGAGUGUCGUGUAACAGAGUGAUGAGAGUCCAGGACUCUAUCCUGCUGGGAUUACGGCAUGUCAUGAAGCAGUCAGGUCAACUUCUGCUGCUGAUUCUACUGCUCUGGAUGCUGCUCUUCCUUGCUGUCUUUACCUACCUUACUGACUCCGAGCUAAACCAGACGAGUUCCCCUUUCAACUCUGAAUCUCAACACUCAAGCUAUGUUCAGCAUAGUGCCCGGACCAUUAUAGCGUCCCAUACUUCCCGCUGGGAUCAGUAUGCAGAGAAGAGGGGUCCUUUCCAGAGCAGGCAGGUGUUUCAACCUUCUCACACUAGAGAAGAGUUUCAUUUCAGGAAUUCUGAUGAACGUUCUAAAGAAGUGACUCCUAACAGUGACUACAGUGAUGAUGACUAUUUUUCUAAUGGCUGGUCAGUGGUUCGUGGUCUGUGGAAGGGACAAGUGUCCUCCAAAAUGCUAAGCCGACGACUACGCCAAGCCAAGAGGGAAUAUGUUGACUCUAAUAACCACAAAGUACUCUACAAAGGCCAACAAAAGACAAGCAAGAGUAGACAGGAGAUGCUGUGUCAGAUGAAACAGCAAGCAAAACUCAGGACUCUGGAUGGGUCUGAACAGCCCUUUUCUCACCUAGGUUUUCAACAGCUGGCUCCUCCUAAAUUACAGCAGAUGUACAAAACAUGUGCUGUGGUGACUUCAGCUGGGGCAAUACUUAACUCAUCACUUGGACGAGAAAUUGAUUCCCAUGAUGCAGUACUGCGUUUCAAUGCUGCACCCUGCAAGGACUAUGAAAGAGAUGUGGGCAGCAAGACAACGAUUCGAAUCAUUAACUCUCAGAUUCUAGCAAACCACAUACACAAAUUCAACAGCAGUUUGCUCUUUGAGAACAUUACCUUGGUAGCCUGGGAUCCUGCUCCUUAUAAUAUUGACCUGCAUAAGUGGUACCAGCAUCCAGAUUAUGACCUGUUUACGCCAUACAUUAAUCACAGGAAGAAUUUCCCUGAGCAGCCUUUUUAUAUCCUGCAUCCUUCAUUUAUCUGGAAUCUCUGGGAUAUUGUGCAAAGCAACACACAGGAGAACAUUCAACCCAACCCUCCUUCUUCAGGAUUUCUAGGUAUAAUCAUGAUGAUGAACUUUUGUGAAGAGGUCCAUGUGUACGAGUACAUUCCUUCUAUGAGACAAACCAGUCUCUGCCAUUACUAUGAGACAUAUUACGACGCGGCCUGCACAUUAGGGGCAUACCACCCUCUGCUUUAUGAGAAAGUGCUUGUCAAGCGAAUGAGUGCAGCUUCUGAGGAGGAUCUCAAGAAAAAGGGAAAGGUCACAUUGCCAGGAUUCAGUAAGAUCAAGUGUACACUGUGAUUUACAGACUCGAAUGUACAGUUGCAUAAAAAGGUGUACAGGUCUUCAAAACUGUCCAGCCCUUCAAACUUAUACUAACAUAGACUUUUAUCAUCUAAUGGGGCUUCACCCAUAACAAAUUUCUGCCUGAUGAACUUAAAAUUACCUAAAUUUAGAGAUUGCAUCUGCUGUGUACACAAAACAUGAUUGUGAUGCAGGACAAAAAAAGUUUCAAAGAACAGUAUGUAAUGGGUUAAAAUGGAACAUAGAUUUCUCUUUUCUGUCUGUGCUGUUCUCAUAAUAUUUUAUGGUAAUUCGUGAUUAAAUCUUUUGCAGUUCUCAUUGGUUGAAUGACAGUUUAAAGCUGUUAAUGUACUAUAAGAGCCAAAAUCUUUAGAUUUUAACUGUAGAUAAUUUAUCAGUUUAAUUAAAGUUUUUUUUAUAUAAAUAGUUAAUUCCAUAAUAUAAAUCGAUUUUGAAUGUGAACUACUACUGACAAACCUCUCUGAGAAGAGUGUCUUGAUCAGAAAAGUUUGACUGAAUGUUGUGCAUAUUAUUUCUAUUAACAUUUGUAUUUAUUUCUUGCAUUUUAGUAAAAAGUUGGAACUAUUUAAAAAACCUUGAAUAUAUUUUGAAUAUAUUCUGUUAUUGUUUAAAGAACUCACAUUUUGAAAGUAGUUUAGUGUUAUUUAUAAUUUCCUACAAUCACUUUUGUACAUGGUAUUGUUUCUU